UCGUUAAGAUGACGCAGAAGUUUUGUCCCCUGCACCCUUCAUUCCUUCGGAUGAUCCCUUCUGAGUGAAAGUCAGUCGUGUUCUCCUCUCAUCUUCCGUCUCCCGAACAGACUUUCGCUUUCAGUUUCUGUCACGAGCAUGUGGAAUGGCGUCUAGUUCAGGAAACAGAAGUCAGCAAAGACAACACAAAGAUCUCCCCGACAAGGAAGUUCAAAGAGGAUGUGGAAGUAUAUCUCUUGAGCGACCUGAUAUGAGUGAUUUCAGGAUUGUUCUGCUCGGGAAGAAUAUAACAGAAAACAACAGAGUGGGAAACUUCAUCUUAGGAAGAGCAGCGUUUGAGAGUGAAGCACCUGCUGAUGUAGAGCUGAACAUUGAGAAACACAGAGGAAAACUGAAGGACAGAGACGUCACAGUCAUCAACACUCCUCACCUGCUGAGGCCAAAUCUGUCAAUCACUCAGAUCACACAGGGAGUGAAAGAGUGUGUGAAUCUGUCUGCUCUUGGACCUCAUGUGAUCAUACUUGUACUGCAGCAGAACGACUUCAGUGACAAUAACAGACAUAGAGUGAAAUAUGUGCUGAAUGAAUUCAGUAAGGAGACUCCUAUACACACUUUAGUGUUGACUGAUGAGAAAGAGAUAAACAAUAACUGUAUUCAUCAAUUAAUAAAGGAGUGUGGAGAUGAACAUCUACAGUUUGAUGAAAGAAAAUCAGGAUUGCACUCUGAGAUACUUGAAAGAGUGGAGAAGAUACUCAAAGAAAACCAGGUCCAAUUUCUUAUCUCUGACUUGCAUGAGGAAGCAGGAGAAGAAACACCAGAAGAUGGAGAGAAGAGGAGAUCUGGAGGUUCAGUCACAGCAGAAGAAGAGGGAGAUUUUGAUCAUGAAGAUGAUGGAAAAAUCAAACAGAGAAACAUAGAGAAAAAGGAAGUCGCUGUCCAGAGGGAAACCUUGUUCAUGGCAUCCUCCAGUGGUCCAGCACUAAAUGAGGAGCUCCAGUGCUCCAUCUGUCUGGAAGUGUUCACUGAUCCAGUCACCACUCCAUGUGGACACAACUUCUGCAGAACCUGCCUGAGCGAGUGCUGGACAAACAGAAAGAUCGGCUUCUGUCCACUCUGUAAAAAAGAAUUCAGCAAAAGACUUGAUUUCAAGAUUAAUUCAACACUUGUAAAGCUUGUGCAACACUUUAAUAAGCUUAAUCAAGAAUCUAAAGUGUUCUGUGACUUUUGUGAUGAAAGAAAGCAGAAAGCUGUGAAGUCUUGCCUGACGUGUCAAAGCUCUUACUGUGUCUCUCAUCUGGAGCUUCAUCUCAGAGUCCCACGUCUAAAGAAACACACACUGAUCAACGCUGUGGAAAAUCUGGACGAUUAUAUAUGCCAGAAACAUGAGAGACCUCUGGAGAUGUUCUGCAGAGAUGAUCAGACGUGUGUUUGUCUGUUCUGCACUGAAGGAGAACACAGGACUCACAACACUGUUCCUAUAGAGGAGGAGAGUCGAGAGAAGAAGACACAGACAGACGAGCAGCAGAUGAUCCAGAAGAGAAUGAAGAAGAUUCAAGAGCUCAAACACUCAGUAAAGCUGAGAAAAACUCUCGCCUCCAAUGAUGGUUUCUUUACUUCAUCUCGAACCGUCCACAUUUCAAACGGGAUGAUUAUUGGUCUGGGUGUCCUGUUGGUAGCAGUGUUGAUCAUCUUUCCUACACAAUACACCAGAUAUCAGUCUGAGCAGCUGAAGAUGAUGGAGGAACAGCAGAAAGCAGCAGAGAAACAGGCUGAAGAUCUCAUUAAAGAGCUGAAGAUGAUGGAGGAACAGCAGAAAGCAGCAGAGAAACAGGCUGAAGAUCUCAUUAAAGCGCUGAAGAUGAUGGAGGAACAGCAGAAAGCAGCAGAGAAACAGGCUGAAGAUCUCAUUAAAGAGCUGAAGAGAAAAAACACUGAGCUGAAGAUGAUGGAGGAACAGCAGAAAGCAGCAGAGAAACAGGCUGAAGAUCUCAAUAAAGAGCUGAAGAUGAUGGAGGAACAGCAGAAAGCAGCAGAGAAACAGGCUGAAGAUCUCAAUAAAGAGCUGAAGAUGAUGGAGGAACAGCAGAAAGCAGCAGAGAAACAGGCUGAAGAUCUCAAUAAAGAGCUGCAGCAGGAAAUCACUGAGCUGAAAAGAAGAAACACUGAGCUGGAGCAGAUCUCACACAUUGACGAUAAUUUCCAUGUCAUACAGAUGUUCUCAUCCCUGAACAGUAUUUUACACAACAAGAUCUCUGAUGUGGACGAGAACUCUCUGAAAAGAGCUCUGAAUCUACUGAAGGAACAUCUAAAUGAAAAACUCAUUCAAACUGAGUUGAAGUUUGUGCAGAAGUUUGCAGUGGAUUUGACUCUGGAUCCUGAUACAGCACAUCCACGUCUCAUCCUGUCUGAUGAUGGAAAACAAGUCCGUCAUGGAGACAUUGACCAGGACGUCCCUGAAAACCCAAAGAGAUUUGAUGCCUGGUUUUGUGUUCUGGCAAAGCAGGGAUUCAGUUCAGGGAGAUUUUACUAUGAGGUGCAGGUGAAGGGAAAGACUGGGUGGACUUUAGGAGUGGCCAGAGAAUCCAUUGACAGGAAGAAGCAUACAUGGCUGAGUCCUGAGAAUGGAUACUGGGCUGUGACUCAUUGGAACGAGAAUCAAUAUUCAGCUCGUGGUAAUCAUCUUGUCUCUUUAUCUCUGAGAGUGAAACCUGAGAAGGUGGGAGUGUUUGUGGAUUAUGAGGAGGGUCUGGUCUCUUUUUAUGACGUGGACUCCAGAUCUCAUAUCUACUCUUUCACUGGUCAGACUUUCACUGAGAAACUCUAUCCAUAUUUCAGCCCAUGCCUUAAUGAUAAAAAGUAAAAACUCAAAGCCACUGAUCAUCACACCUGUCAACUGAAACAAACAAAAAAAAAAACAUCAAAUCUGAUGAAAUAUGGAUGUGAUGUUUUUAGAAUAUGUAAAUAAAAUCCAAAUAAGAAUUUUCACAAUCAAGUAGAUUUUACUUACAAAUAUAAAGAAAAUUAAAAUGUGACACAAGUGCAAAAAAGAAAUGUAUAUUCAGAAAAAAUCUGUGACUGACAAAACAUGAACUAUAAUGAAAUAUUUGUGAGUUAUAUGUACAUGUAAAUGACCAAUUUGUUACACAUCUCUAUAUAUUUCUUUUGUCUUUCAUUAAUACUUUGUUUUUCAAAUCAACUAUGAAAUUGUUUCUACAUGUUAUUUUGUAAGGAAAUCUCUGAAGCCAUUUUCUCUCUCCUCUCCAGCUGUUAAUAUUGAAUUACUUGUGAAAUAUUGUGAUUUUUGGUUUAUAUUGUAAUAUCUGAAUAAAGACAAGAGUUCAAUUCUAUAACUGAUACUGAUUAUAAACUAAAUUACUAAUAAAUAUGUAAAUACA